AGCCGCUGAUGAUUGACAUCCAGUAGUAGCAGUUCGUAAGUCAACGCCAUCGAACAGCGCCGUGCCUAGAGUAUACAAAUACGCGGAAAGUUGUUUGGGUUUUGAUUUCUUCAUUAAAAUCGUCUAGCCACAGGAAAAAGGCAUUCCGCCAUGCAUAAGCUUUUGGUUGUAUUUGCUCUAGUUGGAGCGAUCAUCGCCACUCCCACGCAGCACAACGAGCCCAGUGUCGUAAGCGAGUGCCUCAAUGAGAUACUUGACUCACUCGAGAGCGCUAACAUUGCAGAGCUGGCAGGAGUGAUUUCCGACGCUCGCCAAACAUUUGCAUAUUUGAUCGAACGGCAUCGUCGCUGUCAGGAGCUGCCCCUUGAUGACCCACCGACCCGACUGCAGGAGAUUGCGAUUGCAACGUGCGAAAAUGCCUGGCGUCUGAGCGUUGCCAUCGAGUUGGCCCGUUUAACUGCUGCCAUCAACGAGCACACCGAAAAUGGACGCGAUUUGGUCGCCCAGUUUACGGAAUGCUCGGGAAUUGCAUUGCCACAGCCGGAAGCAUAA